GCCUGCAAGACAGGCACAUAGGUGCUCAGGUGCUGAGAUGCCCCUUUACUGGUCUGAACGACAGAGUUCUUACGAAUGCAUUAGCUCCUGUGCUUUAUCUUCCUUUAAUAUUUCAGCUCCAUGAGGUUUUUAUAAAAGAAAGAUUGAUUUACUUACAUAUGUUAUGUGUGUCUGUGUACCUGAGUGUAUAUAUGUAUGUAUUCGCCAUGAGGUCAUUAUAUAAUAACGAUUUAUUUACUUACAUAUUGUGUGUGUGUGUGUGUGUGUGUGUGUGUGUGCCUGAGUGUAUGUGUAUGUAUACCCUAUGAGGUCUUUAUAAAAGAAAGAUUUAUUUACUAACAUACUUUAUGUGUGUCUGUGUGCCUGAGUGUAUAUGUAUGUGUACCUCAUGUGUGCAGGUACCUGCAAAAGCCAGGGAAGGAAGGGCAUUCUCAGAAUGAGAUCUCCUGGAGCUGGAAUGUUAGUUAUAUAGUGGAGCAGUUUGUUAUAGCCAUCUGAUGUGACUGCUGGGAAACCCAAUCAUAGUCCCCUGCAGGAGCCACAAGUGUCCUUAACUGCUGUGUCAUCACUCCACCACGACUCCUUUAAAAGUAUGAGAGAGAGGGAGAGGAGAAAGAGCGUGGUCACGUGUGCGUGCAUGUGUGUGCGUGCACGUGUGUGCUAUGACUGUUGGAGGUAAGGAUCACAGGAAGGUCUACCACCAGGCUCCGUUGUCUUAAGGCAGCCACAGGAUGACCCAGCAAUUUGACCAAGGUACAUGAGGUUAAGUAGGGACCAGACGAGUCCCCUGAGUCUUUCUAGAGCAGCUCAUGGAGGCAUUCUGCCAAUAUACACCCUAUGACCCCAGGAGGAAGGAGCACAAAGCUAAUGUGACUUUGGUUUUUAUAGACCAGGCUCGUAGAGAUAUCAGGGAAAAGCUUCAGAGGCUAGCAGGACUACAGGAUAAGUUGUUGAGGGAUUUAGUGCAGGUUGCUGAGAAAGUCUACCACAACAGGGAGACAGAAAGAGCAGAGAAAGAGAAAGGAAGAAGAUGAAAGGGAGAUGAAAAAAGAAAGGUGACAGGAAAGGAGUUUACAGAGAAUCUUGGCUAUAGUAGUUAGGGAAAACAAAGACGAUAGACACAGAAGUUAAGUCAGGAAAAUAUGGUUACAAAUACCUCCUAGUGUUUGUAGAUGCUUUCUCUGAAUGGGUAGAGGCUUUCCCUACCAAGCAGGAAACAGCUACCGUGGUAGCCAGGAAGAAAUCUUUCUGAGGUUUAGAGUGCCCAAAGUAAUUGGAUUGAUUAAGGGUCCCGCUUUUGUUUCUAAGGUAAGUCAGGGAUUGGCAGACAUAUUGGGGACUAAUUGGAGCUCCAUUGUGUGUACCGUUCCCAGAGCUCAGGGAAGCUAGAGAAAAUGAACAGAACCCUAAAAGAGACCUUAACAUGUAGGUUGAUAACAUUAUGCAGGUGAAGGCAGACACAAGAUAAAACGAGGCCUGUCAUUAGAUGAGAAGGAAGGGAGGUGGGAACAGAGGUUUUAGAAGGAGUGGGGGAAGCAGAAGAGAGAAGCAAGACAGAGACAAAGAAGGACGACCCAGAUCAGGGUGGUCUUAAUGGGCCUAGGUAGUUAUGUCUACUUUUUCAGGGGUAGAUUUCUACAGGUCAAUUCAUCUUAUCUAGGUGGGCAGUUUAUGUCUUUAUCAAUUGGUUGUGAGUUUAUUGUGUGGAUGUACUGUGGAUUGAGAUUUCCAAUAUAUAUAUAAAUCUCAUUGUCGGUUUGCAGUCUGUUGAGUAGCUGGGACCAGAGAGUUUGCAGCCAGCAGAGAGCCGCCAGGAGAGAUACUAACCAGAGAUAAAUUGAUUAGUUUCACAUGGCCCCACAGGUACUGCAACUAACUCCAGAGACCAGCUGGAGCAGCUCGAGGACCGCCUUGGUCAGAGAGUACUUGGGGGCAGAGUGGAGCCACUGAGGUCAAAGUACCCUCCAGUGCCAUGUGGCUCUACCAUGCGGGAUAAAAGGCUCUGCCUUUUUAAAUAUUUACCGCAGUAGAUGGGGAACCAAUGUGUUAGGCAAGAAUCCACUAAAAAUUGAAGAUUUUCAGCCUGAGAAAGUGUAAUUUUCUAAGAGGGGGCCAAUGCCCUGUUACAUCACGUGAUGUCACAAGCACAGGAACCUUAAACAAAAGGGACACAGAGGCAGCCUGCUUACAGGCCCUAGGACCCCUGCUGUGAAAAGUGUAGGCUGCCCUGAACACAGAGUUGCAGAAGACCCCACGGGUGCUGCAAGAGACCAGCUGGAACGGCUCGAGGACCGCCCGGGUCAGAGAGUACUUGGGCAGUGUGGAGCUGCUGAGAUGAAAGUAUCCCACAGUGCCAUGGGCCUAUGGGUGCCAGCGCUAGCCCAGGAUAAAAAGGAACACCAGAGACCCCUCAUUAGACUGGUGAUUCUCAUCCGGAGGAAUCGGGCACAGUUCUGGAACCCUGGUGGAAGGGAUCUUUCCUGAGGUUGUUAACCACUGUCAGAGCCCUCAAAGGUGGACGGUAUUGCUGCCUGGGUGCUCGUGUCCCAUAUGAAGCCUGCAGAUGCCCUGCUCCCCGGGACUCCCACUGCUUCCUUGUGCCGGUUUGUCAAACCUGGUCUGUGGUUUCCACUGGAACUGGAGAUGAGUUUGCCUCCUUGAUGGACUCCAAACCCUUCAACACCUGGUGGCCUGACUUCACUUUCAACCUGUGCCAGCAGGCAGCAGGACUUGACUGCUGGGACAUCCCCACCCAUGAUGGGAGCACUGGCGGAAGCAAACUGCACAUAUGGGAGAAAGAGGGCUCUGGGCUGGGGUUAGGGGGUGGGCUGUAGGAUGUGCAUUCCCUGCACAGAUAUCGCCUGCAGGAGACCCCACUUAAGUUUGCCCUCGAGAUGGAAGAAGCCGGGCAGAAGUUCACCGAUGUGGGGGUCCAGACUAGUUUUAUUGACCAGCCUGGGAAUGCCACACUACAGGAGACACCUACUGGAACCCCUCCUCUUCUUGGGACUUGAUCAUGGAAAAAAAUUAUACUAUAGGGGGACCCUAUCUGGGGGACCAAGGGUAUUGGGAUACUCCCUGGGCAAACACCACCUGUAACCCAAUAAUAAUCAGAUUCACUCAGAAAGGCAAAGAAGCAACAGGAUGGCUAAAGGGAAAAACUUGGGGACUCAGGUUGUACAAAUUGGGGUAUGAUGAUGGCCAAGGUGAGAAAAGGGAUAGCCAAACAGAAAAAGAGAAAGAGAGCAGUCAGAGCUGGUUCGAGUCUUGGUUUAACUCGUCUCCUUGGCUAACCACCCUCAUAUCCACCUUGUUAAGACCCCCUCUUUGUUCUGCUAUUGUUGACCUUUGGACCCCGCAUAUUGAACAAGUUUAUAGCCUUCAUAAAAGAGAGAAUGGGGAGCAGUGCAGCUGAUGGUCCUGCACCAAUAAUAUGAGACCCUGAGGACAGGACCUGAAGAAUAUGAGUUAGUCAUCAGAGGCCCCUGAGUGUAGCUCCAAGAUUAGAGCUUGUACAAGAAAAAGGGACCCUUAGGGCUUUCACCAGCCUUACACCCACCUGCCUUGGGACAAGGCUAGGCCAAGUUCCAUUGUCCACCCACAGGAAUAUUCUUCAGUAAAAAAAGUUCUCAGAAUGUACUGACCAAUGCUUGCUAGCCAAUAGAUUUAAAGGUCAAUAUGAUUAGCCAAUAAGUUUAAACUGUAACCUUACUGAUAUAACCUGUGCUCCUGAAAAGUAUAAAAACUGCUUGCUAGAGUCAUUCGGGAUCACCUUCUAGUCACUCGACACGAGGGACUGAUUGAAGGUUGACCCCGACACACCAGAAAAUAAACCUCUUUUACAUCGAUCUGCUUCUUGGUGUCUCACUCAUGGGUGUCUUGAAGUAAGUACCACUGACCGAGGGUUGAGGUCUUACGGCAUGACAAUAUAUGGCUGAAUCACAGCAUUUGAGAGGAAGAUUGGGAAUUCAAGGUCCUCCUCUGCUUCUUAGUGAGUUCAAGGCUAACUUGACCUUCUUGUGACCCUGACUCAAAAACAAACAGGCCUGCCAGAGUCGGGGUACAGUCCACAGCAGGACACAUGCCUUGUUCUGUUACUACACAUCAGCAAAUGACAACGAAAACCAUUCAAUAGCAGGGUCGGCUCCAGCCAAGCAGUGAGCCCUCUGCUACUGAUCUGAGUCUGACCCAUUGUGUGGACUGGACUAGUGGUUACAGCUAAGGAGGUUCUAGAGCAGGGUGGAGCUUGGAUGGAAGGCCACCUGGACUCGGUAUAGUACACCCUCUGUGGCCUGAUUUUUAUUCUCAAUCCUAAAAGAUGCCCCCAUGGUAGGAUUGCUUUUUUGCUUUGCUUUGUUUUAAUCUAAAUUUUAUUGAGGAAUGACAUACUUGCAGAAAAGAGAAAAAUAUAAAUGUUUAGCCUGUUGAUUUGUCAUUCAUAGCAAAAGACACCAGAAGCCCUUUUACCCGCAAAUACCUCGACCUCUCCACAAGGGUCCACUGACCUGUUUUCUAGAGCCUUAGACAGAGUCUCAGCUUUGUACAAAUGCCAAUGUAUAGAAAUCUCUAUGUUGGGGCUGGAGAGAUGGCUCAGCGGUUAAGAGCACUGGGUGCUCUUCCAGAGUUCCUGAGUUCAAUUCCCAGUAACCACAUGGUGGUUCACAACCAUCUGUAAUGGGAUCUGAUACCCUCUUCAGGUGUCUGAAAACAGCUACAGUGUACACAGACAAAUAAAAUAAAUAAGUCUUAGAGAGAAAGAGAGAGAGAGAGAGAGAGAGAGAGAGAGAGAGAGAGAGAGAAAGCUCUAUGUUGGUGUCUCGAUCCCUUACUCAGCAACAGGACUCUGAGAUCCUUCUGUGUUGUAGGAUCUUACUCUAAUCUUGCUGAGUAAAGGCCACUGUACUCACAGUAUUUACCCAGAUCAACAUGGGGGAUGUUUCCCACUUGAGAAUAUGGUGAGGACUGACCAAGGCUAUUAGGGUCAUUCCAGUGCAUGUCUUGGUGGACAAUCACAGCAUUUUUGUGGCCUGGAGUCACAUCGUCUUUGGGUGUGAGUUUCUUCAACUUCACCAGACUCUGCUAAGCAGCCUUUCCAGCAGUGUGCUGACAUACAUAUUUGGCAGUGUGUAUUUGAACCAAUUUAAACUUAUUACUGUCUAGUUUACGAGUGAAUGAACUUCAGACUAUCGUUAUUUUACUUGGCUUUGGUUACUGGGGAGGUAACCUCAACCUACUUUUCUAACUGCUGGCCUGGCUACUUCCCCAGUGGUGUACCCCAAAUACUCGAUAUUUCUCCUGGCCAUUUGCUCAAAGUCCAUCUCAUGGUGGCUUUCUUCUUCCUCCUCUCUCUGCAAUCCCCAAACAGGUAACUCAAAACCCGCCUACUUCUUAUCCCUCCAGUAAUUGUCCGUAGACAUUUUUAUUUAACCAACAGUUUUAAGGAACAAGGUUUGCACAACAAAAGCUCAUAAGUGAAUUCAUUUAUAGGCAACAAGACCUUUAGAGUACAGAAUUUAGCAUUACAAUACAUAGCAACAGAUUUAACCUCAAAAACAGUGAAUUACUGUCUAAAUGAGGUCUAGUCUUGUUUUGAGUCUGUGGUCCUAGAAGAGCACGUUCUAUAUUCUAUACUCAGCAGCGUCCUUUUUAAAUCACCUACAUAAAUUAAGAAAUUAGUUAAGAGACAUAGAAGAGCGAGAGGAAGUUCAUGGCAUGAAAAGAAUCGCACAUGGGCAGUGUCCAGUGGCUAUGGGCAAAGCUAAGUUCGUCUCAGUGGGAGGGAGACGGAGAGCACUGGCCUCCCACAGGGAUCUCAGUGAGGGACUGGAGCCUGGGAAGGCUCUGCCUCUGAGUCACAAAGGCCUGGGACUCCCUAGCCAUUGCUGGGCUGCAUGGAAGGAGGUAGGAAAUUGUCUCCCUGCUCCAGUUGGAAGCAGUGUUGGUUCUUCAAAGGCUCCCAAGAGCACUCUAGCUCCUUCCUCUCUGCCCUUCAGCACCCAGGUGACAUAUGGCCUGGGAGAUAUUCAGAUGUUGCCAGCAGUAGCAUCCGAGAGAGCACUGCCAUUCCAGAAACAUUUCUGAAAGCAGUUCUUUGGUAAGCACAUCAGAGUUCUCAUCUGAGACUUUGCCAGGAAUAGGCGCUGAAGCCUGGAGGUGACUCUAGGCCAGAGGAGCAAGGAUAUCCUCAAAACCAGCCAAGGGAGAUGUGCUGGGAAAGAGGUGGCUUUCAGGGGAGAGCAGCAGGGACCCUUGUGAGACACUUGCAUCUAGAGAUAGGGGUACUGGAGACCCCUGAGCAGAACACUGAAGCUCUCAACCCUUAUGAAAAGAAUGUGACUUAUUACAUCCUCGUCCCCUCAGGUCCCUCUGAGCAUGUCAGAGACACAAGGCCUUGCGAGCAUCUUGCUCUUGAUAUUCUUAAAGUCUCGUUUGCUCCUAAUUUUGCAGACCAAUGUUUAUCUUUUACAUAAAGAAAAUUGGAGUGCUGUUUUCCUGACGUUUCUCAAAGCCGUGCUUCCUGCACUAUCAGAAGCAGCCUACAGGUCCCAGCUGGAGAAGCCAAUGUAAGAUUUAUCAGGUGGGAGGGCCCGGGCCUAGGACACAGUCUUUCAGUGAUUCUGACUCUCCCCUGGCUGACUCCUGCCAACCACCAGGCUGAUGUCCCUGUGGGUUCCCAGCCUCUUGAAUGGCUAGCCUUCAGUUGUCUUCAUCUUGGCACCUACCCGAGGUCACCCAGUUUCUGUCACCUCCAGGAACUGCUUUGCCUCCUCUAUCUUGGUUUAGGAAUUCUGCCUUUCCCCAGCUUCCUCCUCCCUUGAUAAAGCAUUGUUUAUUAUAGAGGGUGCUGGCCUCAGAACAAGGCCACUUCUCCUAGGUCACAAGCUCUUCCUAUGAUCACCCACCUCUCCUCCAGCCAGAACUCCAGAUUCUAGUGGGAGGAGAUGCACCAAGGUGGGGAGCUCAUGUGCACCCAGCUCCCUCAUCUCCAGUCUUCUUGGCCUCGUGCUCAGUCCUCUCGAUUUAGCUACUUCUACUCAUUGCCCAGUCUCAGUCUCUGGGACAGCCUCUUCAAUAAACCUGAAAGAUGCUUCGGGGUGGACCAUACCUAUGCCCCAGGGUCCUUGUCAUGGUGUUCAUGGUUUGUCUACAAGGCCGACUUGCCAUAGAGAGGGACUGGGUUUGUGCUACAAGUCCCUGGAUCAUCCUCAGUGCUGAGGGCAAAGUGAUAGAGGACAGUCAGCGGCUAUACUGCUGCGGGGCAGAUGGGUGCCCGUGAGGCAGAGCCUUGCAGUCUGUGUCAGGACAUGACUGGAGGCUUCCUGUGUGCCUCUUCCUGCCCACAACCCCCUGUGUUCUCAGCACCUGCCCCACACCCUCCUGGUAGUUUGUUGUGUCCUGAUGUGUGUGCCACCCCCCUUCCCCCAUUCCUUCCUUUUGGCUGCAGCUGACUCAGCAUGAAGCUCCCAGCCUUCUGAGGCAUCCAGCAGCAUCUCCAUUUCCUGUUCUCUGAACUCCAUCAUAAAUGAGUGACCGUGAGCAGAAUUCACAAACACCCUUUCCCCACACUUUCACUUUGUCUUCUGUGUGGCACCUGUCAGGCUGUAUUCACUACACAGCCUGGGCUGCCUUGGAACUUGGAAGCAACCCUCCUCCUGCAUCACAAGUUCAGGGCUCACAGGCAUGUGUCAUGUCUACCCACAUGGCCAUAAGCUCUUCCUUCCUGCUCCUUCUGCAUACCCUUGAAAGACCCACCCCAUGAGUCUUAACUCAGAGCUGCAACAGGCUUGAACGAGCCUAGGCACGCCCAGAUACCUAGGGCCGAGUCACCGUUAAAACUAACAGACCAUAAAAGGAAAGGAAUACAGAACAGACUAGGAGAACCGGAUCUGGCAGGAAGGGAUAAGCCCCGAGCCCCCAACAUUCAGGAUGUCCCAGCCCGCACGUACUCUUUUACCACGUUACAACCUCAUUCGAAUAUGAUUCAAACCUGCCAAUGUGUAUAGCUAUACCUUAUUACCUCAUCAUGUGAAAUAACCAAUCAUAUGUGAACAUGUCUAUAUGCCUCGUUUGAAUCCACCAAUCCCCGUAACUAUGCAUCUGCUCUGUACACCCGCUUCUGCUUCCCCAAACCCUAUAAAAGCCCCAUGCUGGAGCUGCUGGGCGCACAAGUCCUCCGAAGAGACUGUGUGCCCGCAGGUACCUGUGUUUUCCAAUAAACCCUCUUGCUGAUUGCAUCCGAGUGGCCUCGGCUCGCUCAUUGGGCACUUGGGGUCUCCUCCUGAAGGAAAGGUCUUCUCCGGAGGUCUUUCAUUUUGGGAGCUUGUCCGGGAUCUGGAGAUCCUCCGCCCAGAGAUCACCGACCACCCACCGGGAGGUAAGCUGGCCGGCAUCUGUCGUGUCUUGCCCUGUCUUGUCUUGUCUUGUGCACGUGUUCAGUUCGUCUCAGUUUUGGACUAAGAUCUGGGUUUUGGUCGGAGGAGAAGGCCCAGGGCCUUCGGUGUCUCAGGGUUCAGGACCCUCAGCGCCUCCAUUUGGGCGGGUCAGAGAAGGAGCUGACGAGCUCGGACUUCUCCCCCCGCAGCCCUGGAAGACGUUCCAAGGGUGUCUGGAGCCUGGUUCUUUGGGGCUCAGCCCGUAUCGGAAGGAUACGUGGUUUUGGUUGGAGGAGAGGGUCCAGGACCCUCGGCACCUCCUUCUGACUCUUUGUUUUGGGUUUUACGUCGAAGACACGCGGCGCGUCUGUCUGUUGUUUGUCUGAUCAUUGGAUUUGUCUGUCUAAUUUGUGCCCUAAUUUUCUUUGAAGCUACCAUGGGACAAUCGCUAACAACCCCCUUGAGUCUCACUCUAGACCAUUGGAAGGACGUCCGAGACCGAGCACGUGAUCAGUCGGUCGAGAUCAAGAAAGGAAAAUGGCAGACCCUCUGCACGUCCGAGUGGCCCACUUACGAUGUGGGAUGGCCGGUGAACGGCACUUUUAACAAGACCACUAUUUUGCAGGUUAAAGACCUGAUUUUCCGCCAGAAGCCGUACGGACACCCUGACCAGGUGCCCUACAUUGUCACCUGGGAGAGCUUGGCAUUUAGCCCUCCUCCUUGGGCAGAACCCUUUGUGGACCCGAAUUGGCUUCCUGUUUCCCCUAAACCUGUUUCCCCGAGCCCACCUGACCCUUUGGUUGCUUCUUCCUCUCUCUAUCCUGCUCUAACUAAGGAAGAGUCUCCCAAAGUCCCUCCCCCGAAACCUGUCCUCCCAGAGGACCCAAAUUCCCCCCUUAUAGAUCUCCUGUUGGAAGAACCUCCUCCGUACCCUGUACCUACAGCCCCGCCCAGAGAAGAGGAAGUGGAGCCGCCUGCUAGACCGCAACAUGAGGCAGCCCCUUCCCCUGUGGCUGGAAGACUGCGGGGACGACGAGAGGUGGCGCCAGACUCCACCUCCCAGGCCUUUCCGCUUAGACAAGGGGCCGGCGGCCAGACGCAAUACUGGCCAUUCUCAGCGGCCAACAUAUAUAACUGGAAACAACACCCCCCCCCCUUUUCUAAGGAUCCGGUGGCUCUCACCGACCUGAUAGAAUCUGUCUUGCUUACCCAUCAGCCCACUUGGGAUGAUAUCCAGCAACUUUUACAGGCCCUCCUGACCUCUGAGGAGAAGCAGAGAGUGCUCUUAGAGGCCAGGAAACAUGUUUUUGGGGACAAUGGACGCCCCACCUUGCUCCCGGAAGAGAUCGAUGACGCAUUCCCACUUACGAGACCUGAUUGGGAUUUCACCACGGCUGAAGGUAGGAGACACCUACGCCUUUAACGCCAGUUGCUCCUAGUGGGUUUCCGAGGGGCGGCACGACGCCCCACCAAUUUGGCUCAGGUGAAACAAGUGGUACAAGAGGCUGCGGAGACUCCCUCAGCCUUCCUAGAGAGACUUAAGGAAGCUUAUCGCAUGUAUACCCCUUAUGAUCCAGAUGAUCCAGGACAAAUGACAAAUGUCUCCAUGUCCUUCAUCUGGCAGGCAGCACCAGAUAUCAGGGCCAAGCUACAGAGACUAGAAAAUUUACAAGGGUAUACGUUGCAGGAUUUACUUAAGGAGGCAGAAAGAAUUUAUAACAAGAGAGAGACACAAGAAGAAAAGGAAGAUAGAGUACGCAGAGAAAAGGAUGAGAGAGACCGAAAAAGAAGCAGAGAGUUGAGUCGAAUCUUGGCUGCCGUAGUUCAGGGUCAAGAGAAAAGGGGAGAGAGGGUGGGAGUUCGAAAGGGGCCAAAGCUAGAUAAGGAUCAAUGUGCUUAUUGCAAAGAAAGAGGACACUGGGCCAGAGAUUGCCCUAAGAAACCCAGCAGGCUCCGAAGACCCCGCCCACAGACCUCCCUCUUGGCCCUAGAUGAAGAUUAGGGAGGUCAGGGCCAGGAGCCCCCCCCUAAGCCCAGGAUAACUCUUGAAGUUGGGGGGCAGCCAGUCACCUUUCUGGUGGACACAGGAGCCCAGCACUCAGUCCUCACCCAGGCCCCUGGACAACUCAGCGACCGGACAGCCUGGGUACAAGGAGCCACUGGCAGCAAGAGAUACCGUUGGACUACAGAUCGACGGGUUCAGUUGGCUACUGGUAAGGUGACCCAUUCCUUCUUACAUGUUCCGGACUGCCCAUACCCUUUGCUGGGCCGUGACUUGCUUACCAAAUUAAAAGCUCAGAUCCAUUUUGAAGAAGGAGGGACCCGAGUAACCGGGCCCCGCGGUACUCCUCUUUAGAUUUUAACCCUUCAGUUAGAAGAUGAAUAUAGAUUAUAUGAACCAGAACAGGACAAGCCAAAAUCUCUAGAAAUAGACUCUUGGGUCACGAAAUUCCCGCUGGCCUGGGCGGAGACUGGCGGGAUGGGGUUGGCGCUCCAACAGCCUCCCCUAAUUAUCCAGUUAAAGGCCACCGCGACUCCUGUCUCCAUUAAACAGUACCCCAUGUCAUGGGAAGCCUAUCAGGGCAUAAAGCCACAUAUCAGGAGGCUCUUAGACCAAGGCAUCCUAGUCCCUUGCCGGUCACCCUGGAAUACGCCUCUACUACCUGUUAAGAAGCCCGGCACUGGAGACUAUAGGCCGGUACAAGAUUUGAGAGAGGUCAACAAAAGAGUAGAAGAUAUUCAUCCAACUGUCCCAAACCCUUAUAACCUACUCAGCACCCUGCCUCCCACCCAUACUUGGUAUACGGUCUUAGAUCUGAAGGAUGCUUUCUUCUGCCUCCGGCUGAGCCCAGAAAGCCAGCCUUUAUUUGCUUUUGAGUGGAAAGACUCUGAAAUGGGGCUUUCGGGACAGUUGACUUGGACAAGGUUACCACAGGAUUUCAAAAACAGCCCAACGCUCUUUGAUGAGGCCUUACACCGGGACUUGGCUGACUUUCGAGUCCAGCACCCCACUCUUAUACUUCUUCAGUUUGUUGAUGACCUUCUUCUAGGGGCCACUUCUGAGACAGCAUGCCACCAGGGAACAGAAUCCCUCUUGCAGACUUUGGGGCGAUUGGGCUAUCGAGCUUCUGCCAGAAAGGCUCAAAUUUGCCAGACCCAGGUUACUUAUUUAGGCUAUCAACUAAGGGACGGACAGUGAUGGCUGACUCCGGCUAGGAAACAGACCGUGGCCAACAUCCCAGCCCCAAGAAAUGGUCGACAGCUACGGGAAUUCCUAGGAAUGGCGGGAUUCUGCCGCCUCUGGAUUCCUGGGUUUGCCGAGAUGGCAGCCCCCUUGUUCCCUCUCACUAAACAGGGGGUGCUCUUCCAGUGGGGGGCAGAACAACAGGAAGCAUUUGAUAACAUUAAACGGGCCUUGCUGUCCUCCCCUGCCUUGGGUCUCCCAGACAUCACCAAGCCCUUUGAACUAUUUGUGGAUGAGAAGCAAGGGUAUGCUAAGGGGGUCCUAACACAAAGACUGGGACCCUGGAAGCGCCCGGUAGCCUACCUGUCUAAGAAAUUAGACCCUGUGGCCUCCGGUUGGCCACCAUGCCUGAGAAUGGUGGCAGCCAUUGCUGUCCUAACUAAAGAUGCUGGGAAGUUGACCUUGGGGCAGCCACUCACCAUCCUGGCACCCCAUGCAGUGGAGGCUUUGAUAAAACAGCCCCCUGACCGCUGGCUCUCUAAUUCCCACAUGACCCACUACCAAGCCUUGCUACUGGAUUUGGAACGGGUCCAGUUUAGGCCCGUGGUCGCUCUCAACCCAGCCACUCUGCUUCCUUUGCCAGAGGAGGCAGAACAGCAUGACUGUCUGCAGAUCCUUGCAGAAGUACAUGGAACCAGACCAGACCUAUCGGACCGACCUCUCCAGGAUGAUGACCAUACGUCGUACACCAAUGGUAGCAGCUACUUGGUGAACGGGAAAUGGAAAGCUGGAGCCGCGGUCACUACAGAGGACAAAGUGAUCUGGGCAAGUGCCUUGCCUGCUGGUACCUCCGCACAGUGGGCUGAACUCAUUGCCUUAACCCAGGCACUCAAAAUGGCAGAAGGUAAGAGGCUGAAUGUAUAUACAGACAGCCGCUACGCCUUUGCUACGGCACACAUCCAUGGAGAGAUCUACCGGAGAAGAGGGCUGCUCACAUCUGAGGGUAAGGACAUUAAGAACAAGACUGAAAUUCUGGCCCUCCUGGCAGCUCUGUUCCUACCAAAAAGACUGAGCAUUAUACAUUGCCCAGGGCAUCAGAAGGGACACAGCCCCGAGGCACGGGGAAAUCGGCUAGCUGACGUCUCAGCGCGUGAGGCCGCCAUGGGCACCCAAGUUCUGUCCUUAAAAGACCAAGAUCAACCCACGUCUCCACAGCCGGAACAGACCGGUUGGCUCUACACCACGGAGGACAUGAAGCUCCUACAGAAAAUGGGGGCUGUUCUGGUACCCACAACUAAAACGGUGGGUCUACACAGGGAAAACAGUUAUGCCUACGAAGAUGACCUUUGAAUUAAUCUCCUACCUACAUAAAUUAACACACCUGGGACUCAAGAAGAUGAAGACCCUCUUAAGACGAGAAGAGAUUGACACCUACCUCCUGGGACGAGAUCAGGCCUUGCGGCAGGUGACUGAAAGCUGCAGGGCCUGUGCUCAGGUAAAUCCAGGAAAAGCUAAAAUUGGACAAGGAGUCCGUCCCCAAGGACAUUAGCCUGGUACCCACUGGGAAAUUGACUUCACUGAAAUCAAGCCUGGUAUGUACGGACACAAAUACCUCUUAGUGUUCAUAGCUACCUUCUCCGGAUGGGUAGAGGCUUUCCCCACGAAACAUGAAACGGCCAAGGUGGUGACCAAGAAGCUCCUCGAAGAAAUCUUCCCCAGGUAUGGAAUGCCCCAAGUAUUGGGGUCAGAUAACGGGCCCGCUUUCGUCUCCCAGGUAAGUCAGUUGGUGGCCAAGUUAUUGGGGAUUGAUUGGAAGUUACAUUGUGCUUAUAGACCCCAAAGUUCAGGACAGGUAGAGCGCAUGAAUAGAACAAUUAAGGAGACUUUAUCUAAAUUAACGCUUGCAACUGGCUCAAAGGAUUGGGUGUCCCUACUACCCCUAGUCCUAUACCGGGCCCGGAAUACACCGGGCUCCCAUGGCCUGACUCCCUUUGAAAUAGUAUACGGGACCCCACCCCCAUUUAUCAAUUUCUUUGAUUCAAAUAUCGCUGAAUUUGCUAAUAGCCCUUCCUUGGCAGCACAUCUUCAGGCCCUACAAAUCAUGCAGAGAGACAUCUGGAAACCUCUAGCCUCGGCCUACCAAGACAGGCUUGAACAACCGACGGUGCCGCACCCGUUCCAGAUCGAAGACACCGUGUGGGUGCACAGACAUCAGACCAAGAAUCUCGAGCCUUGGUGGAAAGGACCCUAUACAGUUCUCCUGACUACCCCGACAGCCUUGAAGGUAGACGGAAUUGCGGUUUGGAUCCACGCAUCUCACGCCAAGGCAGCCCGACCUGAGGAAACAGCAGAUCACAACAUCGCGCCCCAGACAUGGAAGGCUCAACGCAAUCAAAACCCCCUAAAGCUAAGAUUUUCACGUUGUUGCUCUUAACUGUCUUAUGGACUAGGGGUGGGGCGAUUCUGGGGGCUAGCCCCCACCAGGUAUAUAAUAUGUCCUGGAUAAUAACUAAUUUAGAGACAGGCUGGUCUCAAGUCCUAGCUAAUGGUAAGUAUGCUGAAGGAACCUGGUGGCCCCCUUUGACUUUCGACCUUUGUCAACUGGCUAAGGACUCCUGGGAGCAUACUGAGCGGACUCCCCACAACUCAUACCCACCCUGCAGACACUCUGAUUGGUAUACUUGUCCCGGAGGUAAGAGGACACGGGAGUGCGGAGGUCCUGAGACCUUCUACUGCGCUAAGUGGGGGUGUGAGACUUACACUCGAGGAUGGUGGGGGACCAAGAAGGGGGACUUAGUGGCCUUCUCCCCUGAGACUCCAGGCGAAUCUCGAAUUACAAUAGAAUUCACCGGAUCAAGGUAAAAACACAGACUGGAAGGUGGGGCGUAGGUGGGGGAUACGGUUGUAUACCCCUGGCCAAACUAACCCAGGACUCCUGUUCUCCCUCCAACUGGUGAGAGAACGGGUCAGACAAGAGAUUGGUCUAAACCCAGUCCUCAUGGAUCAAAAGCCCCCUUCCCGACCAGCACCGGCACUGCCCCCGGUCGGACCCCCACUAUGGCUAAACACCACUCAGAACUCCGGGGAUAUCUUGACAACUCCCUCCCCGACUAGGGACCCUUCCACACCGGCCCCUCGGCUGCUAGGAAUGGGAGACCGGCUAAUCAACUUAGUGACCGGGCAUACUUGGCACUCAAUUAUUCAGAACCUGACAAGACCCAAGAAUGCUGGCUGUGCCUGGUCUCUAGCCCGCCCUAUUAUGAGGGUGUGGCAGUCAUGAGGAAUUAUACUAAUCAGACCACGGCCCCGGCCAGCUGCACAACCCUCCCUAGCCAUAGGCUGACGUUGCCGGAAGUCUCAGGACAGGGACUCUGUAUAGGGACCAUACCCCCCACUCACCAGGUCCUCUGCGCUAUCACCAAGAGGAUCCCCACUGGAAGCUACUAUCUAGCAGCUCCUACAGGCACCUAUUGGGCCGGUAACACCGGAUUGACACCUUGUAUCUCCGCCGUAAUCCUCCGCAGAUCCUCCGACUACUGUGUACUGGUAGAAAUUUGGCCUAAGGUCACCUACCAUGGGCCCGAGUACAUAUACUCACAUUUUGAGGGGCUGACUCGAUUCAGGCGAGAACCCAUCACCAUGACCCUAGCUCUACUCUUAGGAGGAAUCACCUUAGGAGGAAUGACUGCAGGUAUAGGGACGGGGACCACCGCCCUCAUCGAGACGGGUCACUUUCGUCAGCUACAAGCGGCCAUGAAUGCAGAUCUAAAAGCUAUCGAGGAAUCCAUGAGUGCAUUAGAAAAGUCCUUAACAUCUUUGUCUGAAGUAGUCUUACAAAAUAGGAGAGGGCUAGACAUGCUGUUCCUUCGCGAAGGAGGGCUAUGUGCUGCUCUAAAAGAAGAAUGUUGUUUCUAUGCAGACCAUACAGGAUUAGUGAGAGACAACAUGGCUAAGCUCCGAGAACGCUUGGCCCAGAGACAGAAGCUGUUUGAUUCCCAACAAGGCUGGUUCGAGGGGUGGUUUAACCGAUCCCCUUGGUUUGCUACCCUGGUGUCCACCUUGAUGGGACCCUUAAUCAUCCUCCUCCUAAUCCUCCUCUUUGGCCCCUGCAUUCUAAACAGAUUGAUGCAGUUCAUAAAGAACAGACUCUCAGUCAUUCAGACGCUUGUUCUCACCCAACAAUACCAGAGGGUAAGACAACAGAAAGAGAUUCCUUAGAAUUCGAUUUGAGUAAAGGAUUUUACUCAAGUCUAAAAGAAAAUGGGGGAAAAUGAAAGACCCACCCCAUGAAUCUUAACUCAGAGCUGCAACAGGCUUGAACGAGCCCAGGCACGCCCAGAUACCUAGGGCCGAGUCACCGUUAAAACUAACAGACCAUAAAAGGAAAGGAAUACAGAACAGACUAGGAGAACCGGAUCUGGCAGGAAGGGAUAAGCCCCGAGCCCCCAACAUUCAGGAUGUCCCAGCCCGCACGUACUCUCUUACCACGUUACAACCUCAUUCGAAUAUGAUUCAAACCUGCCAAUGUGUGUAGCUAUACCUUAUUACCUCAUCAUGUGAGAUAACCAAUCAUAUGUGAACAUGUCUAUAUGCCUCGUUUAAACCCACCAAUCCCCGUAACUAUGCAUCUGCUUCUGUACGCCCGAUUCUGCUUCCCCAAACCCUAUAAAAGCCCCAUGCUGGAGCUGCUGGGCGUGCAAGUCCUCCGAAGAGACUGUGUGCCCGCAGGUACCUGUGUUUUCCAAUAAACCCUCUUGCUGAUUGCAUCCGAGUGGCCUCAGCUCGGUCAUUGGGCGCUUGGGUGGUCUCCUGAGGGAAAGGUCCUCUCCGGACCUUUCACCCUAACUACCCGCUCUUCAUACCAAAGAUAUUUCCUCACCAAGGGCCUCCAAUGAAUUCAAAGGACAAUAGGCAGCCACCAGUGAAUUAAAAAAGCAAUAGGCUCUGCCAAUGAGAAAUAACCAACUCAUGCUGUAACUUAAAGCCUACACCCUGAAACAGUAUAAAGGGUGCGGGCCUUUGUUCUUCGGGGUCGCCUCUGUUCUGAGUACAGGGUCACCCCAGUGUACUGGAUUAUUAAACCUCUUGCUUAUUGCAUCAAUCUCCAUCUCUGUGUUUUCGUGAAUCCUCCUGGACGUAGGACUGAUCGAGUCCUACAUAUCCAUUCCAUAGUAACCCAAACCAGUACAAAUCUGGGCUGUUUCUUUUCCUCUCUGAUCCCACACCUGAGUAUUCACUUAACCGAACACAGAGAUACCUCCUUAAGGGUAGGCACCCCUCCUACUCUCAGGAGCUCUUUCUCGCUUGUCCUUCAUACACCUAUGUUCUCUCUGCUCAGGCAAAUGUAGAAAGAAAGAAAGAAAGAAAGAAAGAAAGAAAGAAAGAAAGAAAGAAAGGAAGGAAGGAAGGAAGAAAGGAAGGGAGAGAAAAGAAAGAAAGAAAGGAAGGAAGGAAGAAAGAAAGAAAGGAAGGAAGAAAGAAAAAUCUGCUUUAAAAUCUUUUCUGAUGUAGCUGGAUUUGGUGGUGUACAUUGACAAUUUAGAAGCAAGGGGAUUAUCAUGAGUUCGAAGCCAGCCUGAGUUAUAUCUUCUGCCCAGGUGAGACUCCAUCCAUCCUGCCCCCAAAUAUUCAUAAGAGAUGGCAGUCUGUGAAGUUAGGAUCGUCCUCUUCCCAUCCUUACUCAUUUUCAAGAAGCUGCCAGUGCUAAAACGGGUCAAGGGUUGCAGGGUCUCCCCUUCUGGAACAUCUCUGAGCUCUCUCGGUAAGGAUAGCCUAUGGGUAGGGCUGGCUGACUUCACCGGGGGCAGGUCACUCCUGCUGACAUGAAAGUCUCCUUCUUUUGCUUCACACUAUCUUCUUUGUGAAAUUAUUUCUAAUAACAUCACGGUCUAACAAGGAGUACUCUCUGCUCACAGCAGUUCCCAAAUGCCAAGAUCGGCCAAGA